AGGAGCAAGGGACUCUGGGAGCUCUCAGCCCCGGAGCUGGCAGCACCGGGUCUGGGGCUUAGUUGUCCCCGACCUAGGGGCUGCUCCCUGAUGCCGUGCAGCAGCUGGUUUGGGGAGCUGGAGAAGGAUGGAAUGUGGGGCUGAGUCUCCCUGGCUCUGACUAACCGCCAUUCACCAUGCAGUGGCGAAGUCACUUGCCCUGGACCUCUUGGGGCAGAAAUUUGAGGGAUCCGUUUUGGCCACCAGAGCAAAGGAGAUUCCUCCUCCACUGGAGUCAGCCCCUCGAAGCUCGCUCUUCUGAUUUGCCCUUCAGGACUUUCAUCCGACACCAAGGAAGUUCUGUUGGUGGCACAGCUCCCACAGGGAGGCAUGGGCAGCUAUUCCGAAGCAUCCCAGCUACGGAAUCAGUCCAUCGGUACCGCCGAAGCCUGGCUGAAUGGUUCAUUCGGUUGCCACGGGAGGAACGCCAGUUUGGGCCAACAUUUUCUCUGGAUACAGGCCAUGUGGACCCCGUAAUCCGUGAAAGCACCCCUGAUGAGCUGUUGCGCCCACCUGCUGAACCCACCCUGGCACACCCACUUCCUCUGAUGGAGCGCCGUCCACUGGCUCUGCCCCAGCUCUUUGACCCUGAUGCAUGUGGGCGACGGGUACAAAUGGUGGUGUUGUAUGGAACAGUGGGUACGGGCAAGAGCACCCUAGUUAGGAAAAUGGUACUGGACUGGUGUCAUGGGCGGCUGCCCAGCUUUGAGUUGGUCAUUCCUUUCUCUUGUGAGGACCUGUCUGCCCCAGGUCCCACACCCAUCUCCUUGUACCAAAUGGUGACUCGCCGGUACCCCCAUCUGAAAGAAGUGCUACCCCUGCUGGACAAGGCUGGGCCCCGGCUGCUGUUUGUGCUCCAUGGCUUGGAGCGGCUGAAUCUAGACUUCCGGAUGGAGGGCACAGGGCUGCAUGGUGAUCCUGAAAUGCCUGAGGUGCCCACCACCAUCAUUGUCAAUCUGCUGCGCAAGUUCAUGUUGCCCGAGGCUAGCAUCCUGGUAACCACUCGGGCCUCUGCAGUUGGCCGCAUCCCCAGCAAGUACGUGGGUCGCUAUGGGGAGAUCUGUGGCUUCUCUGACACCAACCUGCAGAAACUGUACUUCCAGCUCCGUCUCAACCAGCCUGACUGUGGACACAGUGCAAAUGGAGUGGGCACCCCCAUCACCCCAGCUCAGAGGGACAACCUGGUGGAAAUGCUUUCCCGAAAUCUAGAGGGACACCACCAGAUCGCUACUGCCUGCUUCUUGCCCUCCUACUGCUGGCUGGUGUGUGCCACCUUAUACUUCCUCCAUGUAUCCACACCUGUUGGGCAGACCCUGACUGGCAUCUAUACCAGUUUCCUGAGACUCAACUUUAGUGGGGAGAUACUAGACAGCACUGAUCCCUCUCGGACAUCACUGAUGGCUUACGCUGCUCGCACCAUGGGUAAAUUGGCCUAUGAGGGUGUGGCAUCUCGGAAAACCUACUUCUCUGAGAAGGAUGUCCGAGAAUGUCUGGAGUCUGGGGUGAAGACAGAAGAAGAGUUUCAGUUGCUGCACGUCUUCCGCCGAGAUGCCCUGCGGUUUUUCUUGGCACCUUGUGUGGAGUCAGGGAAGCAUGGCACUUUUGUGUUCACAGUACCUGCCAUGCAGGAGUACCUAGCUGCCCUAUAUAUCGUGUUGGGUGAACGCAAGACAGCCUGGCAGCGAGUGGACAAGGAGGCGGCAGAGCUGGUGGGCCGAGUGGGUGAGGAUGUUAGCCUGGUGCUUAGUAUCAUAACCAAGCUGCUGCCCCUUCGGGUGCUGCCCCUGCUUUUCAACCUACUCAAGGUUGUGCCUCGGGUAUUUGGACGAUGGGCAGGCAAAAGUCGAGAAGCAGUGGCCCAGGCCAUGGUCCUGGAGAUGUUUCGGGAGGAAGACUACUACAACGAUGAUGUGCUGGACCAGUUGGGAGCCAGCAUCCUGGGGGUAGAGGGUCCCCGGCGCCAUCCCGACGAGCCUCCUGAUGAUGAGGUUUUCGAACUCUUCCCCAUGUUCAUGGGUGGACUGCUUUCCUCCCGGAAUCGUGUAGUGCUGGCCCAGCUGGGCUGUCCUAUCAAGAACAUGGAUGCCCUGGAAAAUGCCCAGGCCAUUAAGAAGAAGUUGGUGAAGUUGGGCCGUCAAGGCCUGCCUCCUUCAGAGCUUCUGGAUCACCUGUUCUUCCACUAUGAGUUUCAGAACCAGCACUUCUCGGCCGAGGUGCUCAGCUCCCUGCAUCAGCUCAACUUGGCAGGUGUGCGUAUGACGCCCCUUAAAUGCUCUGUGGUGGCGUCGGUACUGGGCAGUGGUACACACACCCUGGAUGAAGUCAACUUGGCCUCCUGCCAGCUGGACCCUGCUGGACUGCGCACACUCAUGCCUGUCUUCUUGCGUGCCCAGAAGCUUGGCCUGCAGUUGAACAAUCUGGGCCCUGAAGCCUGUAAGGACAUCCAAGACCUCCUUCUGCAUGACCAGUGCCAAGUCACCACCCUUCGCCUCUCCAACAACCCACUCACAGCAGCAGGCCUGGCCCUGUUGGUAGAAGGGCUGAGUGGGAACACUUCUUUGACCCACUUGUCUCUGCUGCACACUGGGCUUGCGGAUGAAGGCCUGGAGCUGCUGGCUACCCACCUGGAACGAAACCAACAGCUUCGGGAGCUGAAUGUGGCCUAUAACGGAGCAAGUGAUGCAGCAGCUCUUGGCCUGGCCAGGGCUGCCAGGGAACACCCCUCUCUGGAGCUGUUACACCUCUACUUCAAUGAGCUGAGCCCAGAGGGCCGGAAGAAGCUACGGGAGCUAGAAGGUGCAACCCCUGGAAGGGCCCGAGUAGUGGCAUCAUUGACUGAAGGCACAGCUGUGUCGGAGCACUGGUCUGUGAUCCUGGGUGAAAUCCAGCGCAACUUGAACAGCUGGGAGCGAGGCCGAGUCCAGUGCCACCUAUCAAUGCUACUGCGAGACCUGGAAGACAGCCGGGGUGCUACCCUUAAUCCUUGGCGCAAAGCCCAGCUGCUGCGGGUGGAGGGGCAAGUCAGAUCUCUGUUGGAGCAUUUAGGUGGCCCAGGGAGCUGAGGCAGGCAUUAGGCACAGAGUUGCCCUAGUCAUUGGCACCCACCCCCUUAUCCUUUGUCAGCCUUUGUGUAUGGUAGUGGGGAGAUCCUUCUCUGAGCUGAGAGGGCUUCUUUAGAACUUGGGUUGAUGAGGGAAUGGUCGCAGCACUGCCUUGACAUGGCCUAUUCUAUCUGUGCUCCCUAAACUCUGGUGAGUCCAGAUCACAGCCAUGAAAUCGUAGCUGUAUUGGUGCGACUUGUUUGCUCUCAUUUUGUUGGGGGAGGUGUACAGCAAUGGAGGAGGGUGGGCUCUUCCUUAGCAUUUUCAGGGGCCAAGUCACUCCCUUCCACUAUCCCUGAGAAUUAGGGUAUGAAGGCCCCAUCAUCUCAGCCACCUCUACUUGAUGUGGCCCAUGCUUGCCCCUUGUUCCUGGAGACAUCACUUAGAUUGGUUGUGAAGACAGUGACCAUCUAUCUGCCCCCACUGUCCCCUCCUCCUUUCUGUGCCAGAGCAAGUCCUCUUUAUGGAUGCAAAGGGUGUCAGCAGAUAUCUUAUUCCAUUGGUGCCUUCUGCUUAUUUGCUUUACCCAGACUCACAAUGAUGUGCAAAGCUUGGUGGCUCCCAGAAGCAAGUGCCCUGAUUUGCCGCCAUUAAAAACAAAAACAUAUGUCUUCUAUCUAA